GAAACCUGAAACGAAUUAAUUUGUAUCUUGGUCCUUAGACGGCCGUCUUAAAAUUCCUUUUGUUCACCCAUUAAUUGCUACAGAAACAAAAGUAUUGAAAAGUAGAAUAGAAAUGUGAUUCUGCGCUGUAACAUGCGUCACAGAAUCAAGUCGCUAGAAUGAUGGAGGUCGAAGGGCAGCUGGGCAUUUGGCAAAUUUAGUAAAUUAUUCAAAAUUUCAGCGGUAACUUCACAAUGGCAAUGAUUGUGAAAAAUUCUACCUCCAAAUCUGGAUAUCUCUUUCUGAGAGCGGUUUGUGGACGCUGUUAUUGGGAGCUAUCCAAAGCCCGCCCGAGAGUGCUUGUCGCAACGUGUGGGGCAGCCUUCAUACAUGGUAGUAGUGCAAAUAUUGAGUUAGCUCGACUUUGCUGGACCUGUACUGGUACAAUGAUGGUUGCUGCUUUGGCAAAUUCCUUUAAUCAGGUGCAUGGUUUCCCUACAACACAGUUACAUUCAUCAUGUGCAUUUAAUACAUCAAAAAUUCUGCCUAUUCACACUUCCAUUUCUUUGGAGCAGAGCACAGGCAGCAAAGUGAGCGUAGAUGAAGUUAUUCUGUUUAAGCAAUCACUACAAGUACGCAUUCAUGAAGCAUUGCGCUUGGGGAACACAAAAAUGACAAUUAAUCUUCUAUGUCAUCUUGGGUCUAUGGAGGAUUCUUUGACAAGUGAGGAUUGCAUGUUCCUUCUUGAGUCCUGCUGGAGAUUUCCAGACCCAGAGUAUGCUUUGGAGUUGUGGAGGCUUAUGGAUGAGAAAAGGCUAGAGAUCAAGCGAAGUGGUUAUUUAUGUAUUCUGCGUGCUCUAACUAAAGGUGGUUAUCUUGACGAGGCUUUAUAUCUGCUAAAGUCUCUUGGAGAAAGUAGUUGCGGGAAAGCAGGAUUGUACAUGUGUGAUAUAUUUCUGAAUGGAUGCUCAGAAUACCGUAGCUUGGUUCAUGCCAAAAGUUGUUUGGAAUUGAUUGAAAACAGGUGCAUUGGAAAGUCAGAGACUACUUAUAUUGAACUAAUGAAGCUUGCAGUGCACGGGCAAAAUAUUUCUGCACUUAAGCAAGUUUGGGAAGACUAUAAUAAGUUUUUCCUGCCAAGCAUUCUUUCGUACCAAAAGUAUAUCUGGUCCCUUUGUAGAAUGAGGGCCUCUGCAGAAGCUAAUGAGGCCCUGCAGAGGAUGAUUUUGGUGGUAUUCAAGGCAAGUUCUCUGCAACUAUCACUAGAUGGUUGGUUUCAUGCAUUGAAAGUGCGCAUUCCUGUUCCUUCUAAAGACUUUGAUGAAUCUGAAACAGAAGCAGUGAGUAAGAAUUAUGGCACUAGAGGUCUCCAAGAGGCAGAUUGCUUGCAUGGUUCUCAAAUGGAUGUUCUUUCUGUUCAUACAUGUAAAUUCAGACCACCUGUUACUAGCAGUGAUUUGGAUAUUUUGAACAAAUGCCAGAACCAUACAAUUAAUUUGGGGCAUCAGCUACUACAUGAUUCUGUAAAUGAAAACAAGCUACAGAGCUCGUUGCUGAAAGCUAACAAAAAGCAUGUGGCUCAGGCUUCAAAUGACACAAAUUCUUUUUUCCAUGGGGAUAUAAUGGAAACAUUUAUUGAAAAUUCAGAAAUAUCCUCUAACAGGAAGCUCUAUAGCGAAGAACCUUCACCAAUGUUGAGUGGCAUGACUGAACAUUUUAACAGAGGUGGAAGAUAUAAACUGGAAGCUACAGAUUUAUAUCUCUUGAGAGAGUCGUUCAAUAAUGUCAUAUGUCUCGCAGCAUUUAAUCGGAAUUAUGAAUUAGCUAAGCGUUUAUUUUUUCAGAUGCACAGGCUUGGGUUGGAGCCAUUGCAAGCAACAUAUAAUGCAUAUUUGAAAGCUGUAAUUGUUGUGAGAGGAGUUAUUCAUGGCAUGGAAGUGGUUAGUGCAAUGAAGAGUAAAAAUGUGAAGCCAAAUAAUAUCACAUAUGCAGCACUUGCUGUUGGAUAUAGCAAGAUACAACAGCUUGAUUGGGCCGAGGCAAUGCUAGAACAGAUGGAUGAAAAGCAACCACAGCAUAUAUAUCCUUUCAACAGAUUGCUAGCAGCAUGUUGCAAAGCGAAUGAACCUGAAAGGGCCAUGCGGGUGAUCGCAAGAAUGAGACUUGUCAAUGUUAAACCGAAUCUCAGCACAUAUGAAAUGAUGUUUUUUUUGUUUGGAAAUGUAAAUUCUCCAUAUGAGCGAGGAGACCAAAUGUCUCAGGAAGCUGUUUCUAAAAGAAUAGCCACAAUAGAGAUGGACAUGGCGAGAAAUGGUGUUGAACACAGUAGAAAAUCAGUGACAAAUCUGUUGACAGCUUUUGCAGCAGAAGGCAUGAUCAGAGAACUAGUACGGUAUCUUCAUGAUUUAGAAGACCGCUUCAAUGGUUCAGAUGCUCCUCUUCUAGGAUCAGACAUAUACAAUGUUGUACUUCAUGCACUAGUUGAUGCUAAGGAAUGGGAGCUGGCCAUAGGUAUUUUUGGGAGGAUGAAGUCAUUUGGCAUAAAGCCUGAUGUAAAAACAUACACCAUCAUGGUUGAUUGCUACAGCAUUAGUGGAGAUUUCAAUUCUGCUCGAGAAUUGGUGAACACGAUGCUGCAACGUGGAUUGAAACAUCAUGCUCGCACUCACACGAGCAUUAUGAAGAUAUUUUUAGCAAAUGGUGCAUUUGAAAAGGUACUUGAUUUUCUCAAGGAAAUGAAAGAGGAUGGAAUCCUUUCUGAUGUUAUUGUCUACAACACUAUUAUUCGUCAAGCUUCUGAGAAGGUGCGUUUUGAUGUGAUAGAAUUAGUAGUAGAACAUAUGCAUCGGCAAAAGAUUAAACCAGAUCCAGAAACAUGCUGGCAAGUUUUUUCUUCUUAUCAUGAUCAUGGGUUUUUUGAUACUGCGGUGGAAGCAUUGCAAGUGUUAAGUGUACGUAUGGUGUCAGAAAAUGAAACUGUUCAGAGAAAAAUGAAAUCCAUUUAUGAAAAACUGAUUCUUGAUGAAAGUCCAAGCACAGAUGAGUUUCUUGUAGAAAUUUUCAAGGAUUCUAGAGAGUAUUUAUCAGCGUCGCUUUUUAACAUGAGAUUAUGUGCAUUUACUGGUGUCUCAAAUUCCUGGGUACCAGAAGAGAGUCCGUGGGCUAUCCGAUUACGCUCACAAUACAACCAAAGCCCCUUUGUUGAGCAAUAGUGAAAAAAAAUCAAUUGUAUUAAAUUUUGAAAGAAAAUAAGGUACGGUGGUUUUUUCAAUGAAUAGCUGGAGGGCAGCUGCAAUGCUUACCUUCCCGAGUUUUAUAAUCCAGAUGAUCUUUCAUUGUCAAAGAUUGCAGAGGCUUUUAUGUUUUAGUAUGGGACCGUAAAAUUUUGUUCACUAUCAACACUCAACACUGAACACGGAUUUUAGACGCAAGUGGGAAUAUAGACCUGACCAAGAAUAAAAAAUACUUGAGUGUCUCAUAGGUCUUGUUUGCUUAGGUUUUCCUCUCAUGAAAAAGAGGGAGCAGUUAAGGGUCAUAACUUUUGAGUUUGUUGACAAAUAGAAAGGGGUGGAAGCUUAUUACAACGCCUUCUCUACUGUUUUCUAUCUCCCUUGGUAUGGGAUUGAGUGAGGAAUAUGGGAAUUGGCUCCUUUCCUUUUUCCUUUGUUCUGUAUAUACUGUUUCUAGCUUGAAAGUGUUGUUCACUCAUUGCAGUUGAGACGUAACCAGACUUGGUUAGUGUAUGUGUAUAUCUCAUUGAUUAUUGGAAAAAAUUGGAGUGGAAGCUUUGUUUUAAGUGUUCAAUGUAUAUUACUAUCCAUCUUGACUGGGUGUAGAUGGACACCAUUUCUUUCUAGAUGAAGUCUGAUUAUGUUUUUUCUUUUUAAAAAUUGGAUUUACAUCUGAAGUUUUACAACAGAACACAAAAACAAUUCAUUCUGAUGUAAACAGCUGGGUUCAGCAAUGUAAGAAAGGGUGUUUAUGGUCAAAGACAAACAUUAUGAUGGAAUCUAUGCAUGGUUUCCUGGUUUCAGCUUC